AUGUUAUAUUAACCUCUACGAUUGUCCCGCCGCAAAAUUUCCCAUCGAUCCUCCACACAUUCAAGAGCCCCUCUCCCUUUUGUUCUCCUUUCCCGUCGCUCAAUUCGUCGUGGAAGCCUCUCAAUUCCAAUCCGACAGGAUGUCCUCCAGCAACGAUGUCUACCAGACUCCCCUCAACUCGCGGUACUCGAGCGAUGAGAUGAAGUACCUCUUUUCCGCCAGGAACCGCUUCUCUACCUGGCGACAGCUGUGGCUCUGGCUGGCCGAGUCUCAAAAGGAGCUCGGUCUCCCUAUCACCGAUGACGCCAUUUCCCAGAUGAAGGCGCAUACUACGAUCCAGGACGAGGAGUUCAAGGUUGCCGCGGAGGAGGAGAAGCGCCGGAGACACGAUGUCAUGGCCCACGUCCACGCGUACGGACAGGUCGCCCCGGCUGCCGCGGGCAUCAUCCACUGGGGUGCCACCUCGUGCUACUGCACGGACAACGCCGAUCUCAUCUUCCUCCGCGACGGUCUCGACAUCCUGAUCCCCAAGCUGGCCGUCGUUAUCGAUAAGCUGUCCGCAUUCGCGCAGGAGCACAAGGACCUGCCUUGUCUCGGUUUCACGCACGGACAGCCUGCCCAGCUCGUCACCGUUGGCAAGCGGGCGUGCCUGUGGAUCCAGGAUCUGCUCAUGGAUCUGAGGAACUUGGAAAGGGCCCGCGAUGACCUGCGUUUCCGUGGUGUCAAGGGUACCACCGGUACUCAGGCUUCCUUCCUCCAGAUCUUCGAGGGUGAUCACAGUAAGGUCGAGCAGCUGGACGAGCUGGUGACCGAGAAGGCUGGUUUCAGCUCUGCUUUCAUCAUCUCCAGCCAGACGUACUCCCGAAAGAUCGACGUUGACGUUGGCAACGCCCUGGGUUCCUUCGGCUCCACUUGCGAGCGCAUUGGCAUCGAUAUCCGCCAUCUCGCGAUGCUCAAGGAGCUUGAAGAGCCUUUUGAGAAGGACCAGAUUGGCAGCAGCGCGAUGGCCUACAAGCGCAACCCCAUGCGCUCUGAGCGUCUUUGCUCCCUGGGAAGACACCUCCAGAACCUGCCCAAGGAUGCCUUGGACACCUACUCAGCGCAGUGGUUUGAGCGCUCUCUGGAUGACAGUGCUAUCCGCCGUAUCAGCGUCCCGGAGCUGUAUCUCACUGCCGAUGCUUGUCUCAUCCUGCUGAACAACGUCACCUCUGGCUUCGUCGUCUACCCCGAGGUCAUCAGACGCCAUGUGAACGAUGAGCUUCCUUUCAUGGCCACUGAGAACGUUAUCAUGGCCUGCGUCAAGAAGGGCCUUUCCCGGCAAGACGCGCAUGAGGAAAUUCGCGUCCUCUCCCACCAAGCCGCCGACAACGUCAAGAAGCACGGCAAGAACAACGACCUGCUCGAGCGCAUCCGCCGCACCGAGUUCUUCAGCCCCAUCCUCGGCGAGCUCGAAACCCUCCUCGACCCGAGCACCUUCGUCGGCCGCGCCCCGCAGCAGGUUGAGAAGUUCGUCUCGACGGAGGUCAAGCAGGUCCUCAAGCCUUAUGCGGCCCAGCUCGCCAAGGCGGAGACGUCCGCUCUUCAUGUUUAGGUACAUCACCACACUACAACAUUUACAUACAAUAUGUACACGUCUACAUAACACAUUUAUACACGAAUAUAGUUCAAUCUAACGGCUUGGUCACACGCGCAUCCACAUUAUCCUACCAUGUCUUAUAAAACGAAGAUAUCUGAAAAUUGAGAAGAAAAGCAAAUACAUCAGCCAAAACACUGACGCUAGCCCACCAUCGAUCCUGGUGUAUCAUCUAUCCUAUCCCUUUCCUUCAAUGCAAGCCCACCGUCCAGGCUGGUUCAGCAUCAUCUAUUGCCAUAAUAGCCUUUUGACAUCUACACAAAUCUAAGCCGGGCUGGGGCAGUCUGUAUCAUAAUUCACUAACCUAAACAAAAGCAGACCCAAUGAUAGUUAUUCAGUACGCACUUGUAUAAUUCUUCCUCCG